AUGGAAUAUGUAUACGCGGCCCUGAUGCUUCACAAACUUCAGAAGGAUGUCAGCGAGGAGAACAUUACCAACGUGGUAAAGGCCUCGGGAGCAGACGUAAACGAGACCCAGGUAAAAUCACUAGUUGCAGCACUGGCCGAUGUUAACAUCGACGAGGCACUCAAGGCAGCACCGGUUGCGGCACCUGCGGCAGCCCCUGCGCAGGAUGAUGCCGGCGCAAAGGAAGCGGCCCCGGAAAAGGAACCAAAGGCCGACUCCAAGGCAGAAGAGUCCGCAAUGGAAGGACUCUCGUCACUCUUCGGAUAAGCGCAUCGCGUCUGAAAUUUUUCGUCUCU